CACACAAAAGCUAACAUGCUAUUUGGAUCCAGAUCUCUUGCUUUUCUAUUAUAAACAAAACAUGGGGUUUCCCCACUGAUAUAUCCCAACACCCUGCUCUUCUGCAUUCUUCCUCGCUUCCCUCCCCAAUCCCAGUAUGGGAUUGUUGCCUCCAAACUUACGUACAAUUAUCUUCUUCACCGUCUUAUCUUUCUUCUUCAGUUGCCUGGCCAUUGAUGAGCAAGGCCAAGCUCUGCUUUCUUGGAAGCAGACUCUAAGCAGCUCCACUGACGCACUUAGCUCUUGGAAUUCUUCAGAUCCCAAUCCGUGCAAGUGGUUUGGUGUUGCCUGCAACUCCAAGCUUGAAGUCACCAGCUUAAAGAUCAAACUAGUCGAUCUGCAAGGCCCAUUGCCUUCCAAUCUCCAACCUCUCAAGUCCUUGAAGAAUCUAGUGCUUUCAGCGAUCAACCUCACCGGCCCAAUUCCAGUAGAGUUCGGGGAGUACAGCGAGCUCGCCUUCCUCGACCUUAGCAAGAACCAAAUAUCGGGCGAUAUUCCGCAGGAAAUUUGCAAGCUGACCAAGCUCCGAUCCUUGGCUCUGCACUCCAACUCUCUACAAGGCGCCAUUCCGGCAGACAUUGGAAACCUCUCUGGCCUCACGUGCUUGACGCUCUAUGAUAACUACCUCAGCGGCGAGUUGCCAGCGAGCGUGGGGAAGCUGGAGAGGCUCGAGGUUUUCCGCGCCGGUGGGAACCGGAAUCUGAGAGGCUCCGUGCCUGCCGAGAUUGGCAAUUGUAGGAGCUUAGUGAUGUUGGGCCUGGCAGUGACCGGCUUAUCGGGGAGGCUUCCUUCCACUAUCGGUUUGCUCGAAAGAAUUCAAACCGUUGCUAUCUACACUUCUCAGCUGUCGGGGCCAAUCCCAGGAGAGAUUGGCAACUGCACUCAGCUGACCAAUCUUUAUCUGUAUCAGAAUUCUCUCUCCGGUCCGAUUCCGCCGGAACUCGGCCGGCUUCGGAACCUGAAAACUCUAUUCCUGUGGCAGAACAACUUGGUCGGAGCAAUUCCACCGGAGCUCGGUCAGUGCGAGCAACUGAUCCUCAUGGACUUGUCCUCGAAUUCGCUUACUGGAAGUAUUCCCGAGAGCUUCGGUAACUUGCGGAACCUUCAACAGAUGCAGCUGAGUACCAAUCAGCUCACCGGAGCUAUCCCAUCGGAUAUCUCGAACUGCACGGCGCUGACUGAUAUCGAGGUGGACAACAAUGGUCUUUCUGGAGAGAUAGGAAUCGACUUCAGGAGAUUGGAGAACCUCACUCUGUUCUACGCUUGGCAGAAUUGGCUCACGGGGAGCAUUCCGGCGAGCUUGGCUCAGUGCCGGAAUUUGCAAUCGCUGGACCUCUCUUACAACAACUUGACGGGCUCGAUUCCUAAGGAGCUAUUCGGGCUGCAGAAUUUGACCAAAUUGCUUCUCCUGUCCAAUGAGUUGACCGGAUUUCUGCCGCCGGAGAUUGGCAAUUGCACGAAUCUUUAUCGGCUGCGGCUGAAUGGCAACCGCCUAGGAGGCACUAUUCCGGCAGAGAUCGGCAAUCUCGAGAACCUUAAUUUUCUUGACAUGAGCAACAACCGGCUCGUCGGCCCGAUUCCGGCGGCCAGCUCCGGGUGUCAGAACCUCGAAUUCCUCGACCUUCAUUCCAAUGGCCUGAGCGGCAGCCUGCCGGAGUCGCUGCCAAGGAGCCUGCAGUUUGUUGACUUCUCCCAAAAUAGGCUGACCGGAGUAAUAAGUCCUGUUGUUGGAUCGCUGCCGGAGCUGACGAAGCUCUUGCUAGGUAGGAAUCAGCUCUCCGGCGGAAUCCCUGCGCAGCUCGGGUCAUGCAGCAAGUUGCAACUUUUAGAUCUCGGUGACAACUUCUUCUCCGGCGAGAUACCAGGCGAGUUAGGCCAACUUCCCGCGCUGGAGAUCUCGCUCAAUCUCAGCUGCAACCGUCUCUCCGGAGAGAUCCCGCCGCAGUUUUCAUCCCUUGAGAAACUCGGUUGCCUCGACAUCUCGCACAACGAACUCCACGGAGACCUCCGGGUCGUCGCCACGCUACAGAAUCUGGUUGCUCUGAACGUAUCCUUCAACGCCUUCUCAGGAGAACUUCCUGACACCCCCUUCUUCAGGAACCUCCCUCUCGCGGACCUUGAAGGCAACCACGGCCUAAUCAUCGCCGACGGCCGUCCCUCGGCCCAAGAAACACAGAGAAGAGCAGCCGUCUCAGCUCUGAAGCUCGCGAUGACGUUCCUGAUCAUCGUCAGCGCGGCGCUCCUCCUGACGGCCGCCUUCCUCCUCGCUCGUGCGCGUGCCGAGCCGCGCGGCGGCGGCGCCGACGACGCGUGGGAGAUCACGCUCUACCAGAAGCUGGACCUCUCGGUCGACGACGUCCUCCACGAACUGACGUCAGCUAACGUGGUUGGGACCGGGAGCUCCGGGGUGGUCUAUAAGGUCUCCAUCCCAAGCGGAGUGACGCUGGCCGUCAAGAAGAUGUGGUCGCCAGCGGACGACGACUCGGGUGAAUUCCGCAGCGAGAUCGCCGCGCUGAGCACGUUACGCCACCGCAACAUCGUGCGCCUCCUCGGGUGGGGCCUCAACCGGAGCGCCAAGUUGCUGUUCUACAACUACUUACCCAACGGCUGCCUAAGCGGGUUCCUCCACCGGGGGGUGAAGGAGGCGGCGGCGUCGUGGGAGACUAGGUACGAGAUCGCAGUCGGGCUGGCGCGCGCCGUCGCCUACCUGCACCACGACUGCGUGCCGGCCAUCCUCCAUGGCGACAUCAAGGCCAUGAACGUGCUCCUCGGCCCAAGAUUUGAACCGUAUUUGGCGGACUUCGGCCUGGCCCGGGUAAUGGCCGACGGCGAACGUGCUCAUAAGUUGGACACCAAUUCAUGCCCUCCUCGCAUCGCCGGCUCGUACGGCUACAUGGCUCCAGAGCACGCGUCGAUGCGACGGAUAACGGAGAAGAGCGACGUGUAUAGCUACGGAGUGGUUCUGCUAGAGGUGAUAACGGGAAGGCAUCCACUGGACCCGUCGCUGCCCGGCGGGAUGGAUUUGGUGCAGUGGGUUCGAGUCCACCUGCAGAGGAAGCUGGACCCGGUUCAUCUCCUCGACGGCAGGCUGCUCGGCCAGCCGGAGCACCAGCUCCAAGAAAUUCUGCAAGCGCUAUCGAUCUCGGUUUUGUGCGUCGGCCACCGGCCGGAUGACCGGCCGGCGAUGAAGGAUGUGGUGGCGUUGUUGGAGGCGGUGAGGCGGCCGGCGAACGACGAGCAGACGAAGGAUCCGGCGACUGCCUCCGCCGCCGCUUGCCCAGUUCGCAAUGUGAAGUUGCAGGGGUCUUCGAAUUGCUCGUUUGCGAUGUCGGAGUACAGUAGUUGAAGAAAGCAUCUGGCGGAAGCUGCUUUAAUCUUGGGAAACAGUUUUGUGAAAGAUUAAGGUUAAUUUUUGCCCUUGUAAAUUAGUUUUCAAAAUUGCAGAUGCUUUGGUCACUAGGAUUAGAGAGGAUUCAGCUCGUAGAAACCACCUCUGCUCUGUCCUCUGCUAAUGGCUGCUGUACAUGUUAAUGCGGAAGACGAAGAUCAGUAAUAGAGCAUUAAGGAUUUCUCAGUAAAAAUUGCUACUUAUGUUGUUUGGUGAACAGAGAUGAAGAUUGAAGAACA